GAGAACACGGACUGUCUGAGACUUCUGAAGAAAUCAUAGAAAUUAUAUAUUAUAUAUUAUAUAAACCGCUACAGCAACUAGUUAUUUAUUUACUAUUUUAGUAAGUAACUGACGGUUAGAAAUAAAUAAAUAAAAUGUCUGGUUUUGACGAGCCCGGAGUUUACUACAGCGACAGCUUCGGUGGAGGUGAGGGUGUCGGGGAUGAAGGGACUGUUAAACGCAGUCACAUCAAAAAACGCUUUCGGGAGUUCCUGAGGCAGUUCAGAGUCGGAACAGAUCGAACCGGGUUUACUUAUAAAUACAGAGAUGAGCUCAAGAGGCACUACACUCUUGGAGAGUAUUGGGUCGAGGUGGAAAUGGAGGAUCUGGCCAGUUUUGAUGAAGAUCUUUCCGACUGCCUGUACAAACUACCCACUGAAAACCUCCCUCUGCUGGAGGAGGCGGCACAGGAGGUAGCCGAUGAGGUUACCCGUCCGCGCCCGGUCGGAGAAGAGACCGUGCAGGACAUCCAGGUGAUGCUGAAGAGUGAUGCACACCCUGCUUCCAUUCGCAGCCUCAAGUCCGAGCAGGUGUCUCGUCUGGUCAAGAUCCCUGGUAUAAUCAUUUCCUCCUCAGCAGUUCGGGCCAAAGCCACCAGAGUAUGUCUGCAGUGCAGGGGCUGCCGUGCCAUGAUCAGUAACAUCCCGCUUCCACCCGGCCUACAGGGAUAUGCCCUGCCUCGCAAGUGCAACACUGAGCAAGCAGGUCGUGUGAAGUGCCCUGUGGAUCCCUACUUCAUCAUCCCAGAUAGGUGUGUUUGUGUGGACUUCCAGACCCUCCGUCUGCAGGAGUCGCCUGAUGCUGUUCCUCAUGGAGAGAUGCCCCGCCACAUGCAGCUGUACUGUGACAGGUACCUGUGUGACCGUGUAGUGCCUGGAAACAGGGUGACCAUCAUGGGCAUCUACUCCAUUAAAAAGAUAGCUCAGCCCAAAGCUAAAGGGCGUGAUAAAGGGGCUGGAGUGGGCAUCCGGGCAGCCUACCUGCGUGUAGUUGGUAUUCAAGUGGACACUGAGGGAGUGGGUCGUGGAGCCACUGGAUCCGUUUCCCCUCAGGAAGAGGAGGAGUUGAGAUCUCUGGCUUCUUCUCCUUCUGUCUACGACUCGAUUGCACGUUCACUUGCUCCCUCGAUUUAUGGCAGCGAUGAUCUGAAGAAGGCUAUAGCUUGCCUUCUGUUUGGAGGCUCCAGAAAAAGGUUGCCAGAUGGUCUUACUCGCAGAGGUGAUAUUAAUCUGCUGAUGCUGGGAGACCCUGGAACAGCCAAGUCUCAGCUGUUGAAGUUUGUGGAGAGAUGUUCUCCUAUUGGGAUUUAUACCUCAGGCAAGGGAAGCAGCGCAGCUGGUCUAACAGCUUCUGUGCUCAGAGACCCCAACACACGUGGCUUUAUCAUGGAGGGUGGAGCUAUGGUGUUGGCUGAUGGAGGUGUGGUCUGCAUUGACGAGUUUGACAAGAUGAGAGAGGAUGACCGAGUAGCCAUCCACGAAGCCAUGGAGCAGCAGACCAUAUCUAUAGCCAAGGCUGGCAUCACUACCACCUUGAACUCGCGCUGUUCUGUGCUGGCGGCUGCCAACUCUGUGUUUGGUCGAUGGGACGACACGAAGGGCGAAGACAACAUAGACUUUAUGCCUACCAUCCUGUCCCGUUUUGACAUGAUCUUCAUCAUUAAGGACCAGCACGAUCAGCAUAGAGACAUGACGCUGGCCCGCCACGUGAUGAACGUGCACUUGAGUGCUCAGACCCAGACGGAGGGUGUGGAGGGGGAGAUACCUUUAGCCACACUGAAGAAAUUCAUCGCUUAUGCUAGAACGAAAUGCGGGCCUCGUUUGUCCGCGGCUUCUGCGGAGAAGCUGAAGAACCGUUAUGUGGUAAUGCGAAGUGGUGCGAGGGAGCACGAACGAGAGAGUGACCGCAGAGCCUCCAUUCCCAUCACUGUCAGGCAGUUGGAGGCAGUUGUGCGAAUUUCUGAGUCCCUGGCUAAGAUGAAGCUGCAGGCCAUAGCAGGGGAAGAUGAGGUGGACGAGGCUCUUCGUCUCUUCCAGGUGUCGACGCUGGAUGCUGCGCUGUCCGGCAGCCUAUCGGGGGUGGAAGGUUUCACCACACAGGAAGAUCAGGAGAUGAUCUCCCGCAUCGAGAAACAGUUAAAGAGGCGCUUUGCCAUCGGCUCUCAAGUGUCGGAGCACAGCAUUGUACAGGACUUUACCAAACAGAAAUACCAAGAGCAUGCAAUCUACAAAGUCUUACACCUGAUGCUGAGGAGAGGAGAACUGCAGCACCGCAUGCAGAGAAAAGUGCUUUACAGGGUCAAGUAAAGCAAAGUGAACAUUUGUAUGUUUGUCUCGUAUGAAAUAAUAACCGAUAAAGACAUAAAUAGAUUAAAGAUGUUUAAUGUGCAUUGUAUGGCUCUGAUUUUUGGUGAAAUCCUUUUCUGAUAAUGUAAAUAGUUUGGCAGUGUGUGUUCUGUGCAGUUUCUGAUUUUAACAUUACCAUUUUGUCAAGUAUUAUUGUGUCAUGCAGUUUAAGGGUUUUGUUUUGUCUUUAGACUUGCAGACAUUAAUAUGUUACAAAAAUAACUUUGUAUUCAUGUUUAUCCUUGUAAACUGGGCUAAAUGGUGUGUAG